ACGGCAGUUCGGCCACGUCCCUGGCCACGUCGCGCCCGCUCCCGCCAUCUUUCACCGGUUCCUCUCUGUGGGGCUGUCGCCGCGUCCUGAGUCGCUGCUGAGCUCCCGGGCCGCCGCGCCGCGCCAACCGCCGCCGCUAUGAACAUCUUCCGGCUAACUGGGGACCUGUCCCACCUGGCGGCCAUCGUCAUCCUACUGCUGAAGAUCUGGAAGACGCGCUCCUGUGCGGGCAUUUCUGGGAAAAGCCAGCUUCUGUUUGCACUGGUCUUCACAACUCGUUACCUGGAUCUUUUUACUUCAUUCAUUUCACUAUAUAAUACAUCUAUGAAGCUUAUCUACAUUGCCUGUUCCUAUGCCACAGUGUACCUGAUCUACAUGAAAUUUAAGGCCACCUAUGAUGGAAAUCACGAUACCUUCCGAGUGGAGUUUCUAGUAGUUCCUGUGGGAGGCCUCUCAUUUCUAGUCAAUCAUGACUUCUCUCCUCUUGAGAUCUUAUGGACCUUCUCCAUCUACCUGGAAUCAGUGGCGAUCCUUCCACAGCUCUUUAUGAUCAGCAAGACCGGUGAGGCUGAGACUAUCACCACCCACUACCUCUUCUUCCUGGGCCUCUACCGUGCUCUGUACCUCGUCAACUGGAUCUGGCGCUUCUACUUCGAGGGUUUCUUUGAUCUCAUUGCUGUGGUGGCUGGUGUUGUCCAGACCAUUCUCUACUGCGACUUCUUUUACUUAUACAUUACAAAAGUUCUCAAGGGAAAGAAGCUCAGUCUGCCAGCGUAAGUGCCAAAAACCAUCAGCAGCCUCUGUCCUUCAGGGUGCUGGGACAGGAUUCUCACCACAGCGAGGGUGCGGGAUGCUCAGUGCAGAGAAGCAGAGACGGCUCCUCCUGUUGCAGCCGCUCCCUGGUGGCUCUGCAGGGAUGCAGAGGAAGAGACCGGAGGCUCUGUCCACUGCAUCCUGCCUUAUCUUUUUUAUUACUAUGUACAAAGAGUUUUUACACAAAGAAACUUAAUGCUGUGUUAAUAAAUUCAAUGUGUAGAUGAAUUGGGGCAGUUCCAAAAGUGACAAUUUUGUACGGAAGAAGUACAAGCCUUUUUUAUUUUUUGAAAAUUCGUUGAGAUGGUCGAUUCUUUGUGUCUUCAGUGGAAUUAUACUCCUUGACACUUGGUAGAUUAUUCAAGCAUCUGUCAAAUUUCCAUGCUAUUUAUUUUAUUUCUUUUUUUUUUUUUUUUUGGUUUUGUUUGUUUUUUUGUUUUUUGUUGUUUCUGCUAAGACAUAAGUUUUGUUUUUCUGAAAUCUGAGACACUGUGUUCCAUUUGGUGUUUCUGCCCAAAUCAGUCCUCAGUGCCCUGGAAAUCCUUCCCCAGACAUCAAAACACUACAUACACUUCAGCUCUGGGAGGAUGGCUGGCAAGUCCUACAAUUUUCAUUAUCAAAACUUGAGGUUCCCAGUGGAAACAGUGUCAGCUAAUGCUACCAAACACUCACCCUUCAUCCCUGCUAAGACAUGGCAGCUUGUGUUUAUCCAGAGGGUGUCCAGAGCCCACUGCACCCAGAGGUUCUCAGUCUCCUACUUCUGAAUAUGGAGAGUGUCGGAGGUGACAGCUCUUUUGGAUGGAGGACUCUGCUCCUCUGAGGAAUGGAACACAGAUGGCUACCUGUCACUUUUAGUCACAAAUUCGAAGGAUCACUACAACCAUGUCAGAUUUAAAUGUUCUUUUUCAUAACACUUUUGGUGAUAAAGUGAUUGACAAUCUUUUCAGUUGGCAACAUCAAUUACCAUUUCUUACAUUCUUUUUAGUUUUUUUUUUAAACUGGGCUCUUGCAUGACCUAUCUUGUGUUAACAUCCUAAAUAAACAUUUUAUUAAACAGAA